AUGCCACCUUUCCCUGGCGAGGAGACAUUAGCUACAGUGUUUGUGGAUGUGCACAGCUACUUCGCUGCCCCCAGUCCGCGACCCUUCCUCCAUCGCUUCGACAAGUCUUCCUACUUCUAUAUCUACUAUAACUCCACGCGACACACGAGUCGCAUUGAGCUAGCUCUUCAUCCUGGCACUCCGGAUCAGGCAGCAUUCAAUGGCUUCCUUGACACUGUCAAGAUCUCCAAUACCCUGCGUUUCCCCACAAAGGUAACGCUGGAGGUUGAUGGGACUUCGCAGCCGGAUUCCUCUCCGUCAUCUGCCCGUGGCAGAGACCCAGAUGAAUGGCGGCUUGCUAGUGCGGAUCCGAGAGACCCCGGUACUACGAAAUAUAGAAUCCACACAAUCGAACUUUAUUUUUGGAUGCAAGAGGAUGCCAAGUUGAUUUUGGAUAUCUUUAAGAGGCUCCUGGAUCGCCAUCAGUUGGACCUUGAUGAGGUCGAUCAAGAACCAGAGGCUGAUCAUCAUGAUAUGGUUAGCCCAGUGGUUCAAAAUCUGGAAAACGUUGCUAUCUCGGAUCCCGCGUACCAUAAAGCAAAAACCCAACAACCCAUUGCAGCUCAGCCUCCGCUGGGACAUAUACCUCCUCCGCCACCCCCACCGACUCUUCAGGCACCGUCCCUUGCACAGGAACCUGCUGCUAUUCCGUCAAAGACCACAGAGGAUGCCAGGAACCCAGCCAGGGCUUCACAACCAGACCACAAUUAUACUCCAUUAGCAUACAAUCCUGCUGCUCCUGCUGCCCCCGAGCCAAUCGCUCAUCGUGAGGACACCCCGCCUCCGGUGGAUGGGGCCGACGGAACUGGACUUUCGGCUGCAGUACAUGACAAUCCAUAUAUGCAUCAGCAGCACCACCAACAGCAGCAGCAAUAUGGUGUACCACCAGGCGCGCAUCCGAACCCUUAUGGACAUUAUGGAUCACCUCCUCCCCAGAACCUUGGCCAUCCAACUACCAGCCCACCACCUCCAUCAUUUGGUCCCAAUGCUGGCGGAACUCCAAUAUCAUUUGGAAGUCAAGCAGCCACUUCUCCGCGCACUUCAAUUGGCACUGGCUUUUCGAACCAACCCCCAAGUGCGACCAGUCCGGAUGGCCAUCGGCAUCCCUCGAUUGCCGCCCAGACUUAUGCACCCAACAACGGUGAUCCGAAUGCCCAUAUCUUCGGUCAGCCACCACCUGUACAGACACCUGGUUCGCAAUUCUAUCAAAGCAUAAGCCAACCUCACAAACCUCUCCAGCACGUCCAACCUCAGUAUCCAGACUACUUGGCGGUCGCCGGGCAAGCAACUCAGCCAGCACCCGCGGGUGGUUUCUCGAAUUAUCAGUAUGGUCAAGCUGCCCAGCAACCGCCGCCCGCAACGGCAGGUAAUCCUUACGAUGUGCAUAGUCAGUUCUACCGACCUACCGAGGCUGAGCAUAACACGCAUCAUCAUUCUCGACCAUCCAAGUCAUCGGGCAGUUCUCAGCAGAGGCCAAGUAAUGCGGAAAAGAUCGAGAAGGGAGUGGGCAGAUUUCUGAAAAAGAUUGAGAAGAAGAUGGGCUGA